UAACUCUUCUACCUUUUAAGCAACUGUUUUCCAGAGACAGCCUCUUGGUGACAAAAGUCAGAGGCCACCCCAGCUGAGUGCUGUCUGAUGCUUUUCUUACUCCUCGUUGGCCAAGAAGAGAAAACCAAAAAUAAAUAAAUAAAUGUGCUUCCAAAGUUUACAGUAAACUCUUCCAGCCUCUCCCUGCACCCCUUUCAUUCUUUCAACAGAGAAGAAGCCAAAGGAAGCCUGAUCUAAGACGCCUGCAGGUUGUUGGAUCAACUUUGUUAUCUGUCACCUUUAUAAGAACCAGGAACUAUUCCAAGUGGGAGAAAGUCUGUGCCAUACAAUAGUGAUAUAUGUUUCCUUUUUUUUUUUUACUGAGAAAAGAAGAGGUCCGAAAACGCUCACAAAGCAAAGCAAGCAAAGUUUAUCUUUUUUGGAUUAAGCUGAACACUCGCCCUUCUCUUUGCCAUGAUCCAGUGCUGUGGGACAUGUCUCGGAUCAUUUCUUGCAAUCACAGUGCUGUUUCUAUUCAGAGAGGUCAAAGGAAAUUUUUGGCAAACCAAAGCUAAAUGGCUUACAUAUAAAGAUGAAUGUUUGAAGAGACUACAAGAGUCUACAAUUAGCACAGGAAUAUAUUGUAAUGGAAGUUUUGAUCAGUUUGCUUGCUGGCCUCAUUCGCCACCAGGAAAUAUCUCUGUUGCUUGUCCAUCUUAUAUACCAUGGCUUAAAAAUGGAAGCACAAGGAAAGUAUACAGAGUCUGCUUGGACCAAGGGAUUUGGCAAAACAUCGAAAACACAACAGAAGUUUGGAGUAACCGUUCAGAAUGCCUCGAGGAGAAUAAUUUUAAAGAAAAAGCAGAAGACCUUACAUUGUUUAUGGUGUUCGAAAAACUUUCUACUGUGGGAUAUUCUAUUUCUCUUGUUUCCCUUGUCUUAGCACUCUUCAUACUGCUGUUAUUUAGGAAACUGCAUUGCACAAGAAAUUACAUCCAUAUGAAUCUCUUUGCUUCGUUCAUCCUCCGAGCUGCAGGAGUUCUAAUAAAAGACGGCAUAACCCGCAGUACUUAUGAAUUUCUUUCUUCGGAGUCAGAAAAGCCAGCUGAUGAAAAUGGAUGGAUUUCUUCCUUGAGUCCAGAGAAACUAACCUUAUGCAGGAUGGCUCCCCUUUUCAUGCAUUAUGUUGUUGGAGCAAAUUUUUACUGGCUUUUAGUGGAAGGAAUUUACCUCUACAGGUUAUUAGUAGCUACUGUGCUGUUUGAGAAACAUCAGCUGCUGAGAUACAUCUUCAUUGGAUGGGGUUUUCCAGUUUUGUUUGUAGCUUCUUGGGCAAUAAUAAAAUACCACUGGGAGCAAGUAGAAUGCUGGUCAACAAAUGAAACCAUGACCGUCUGGUGGAUCAUUCGAGGACCCAUAUUAUUCUCCAUUGUUGUUAAUUUCUGCAUCUUCCUGAAGAUUCUGAAACUGUUACUUUCUAAACUUAAAGCCCAGCAGAUGACCUUUCGUGACUAUAAGUUCAGAUUGGCAAGGUCAACUCUUGUGUUAAUACCUUUACUUGGAAUUCAUGAGACGGUUUUUAAUUUCAUCAUGGAUGAUCAUGUUGAAGGAUUCUCCAGGCAUGUCAAAACCUUCAUCCAGCUAACCAUCGGCUCUUUCCAUGGUUUUCUCGUAGCACUUUUAUAUUGCUUUUAUAAUGGCGAGGUAAGGGCUGAAUUACGCAAACAGUGGUCUCGUUUCUUGCUAGCGGGCCCCUUUGUCUAUAUGCCCUGCUUUCUUGGAAAGAACAUCAAGCGCUUAAGAAAAUGUCCAAAUAAACCGCAUUUGAGCAAUAACGGUCUUUCCGCUGAGGUGAUGCAGCCUGCCAAGAAGCAAGCAGCCAAGGUGAGAACUUGCUGCAAUGUGGAACGAGGCCCCGCAGCAAGACACAACCUCAGACCAAAUGCUUCUGACAGCAGAAAAGAAGAAAUUGCAAAUGGGGAGACCAUUGAAGAAGCCUUGGAUGAAAAUUAGGUUUUGAAUUUUAAGGGGGAAAAAAUGGAUUUGCUAGGAUCUAUCUUUUGCACGGAUGCAACUGGAAUUAAAGAUCCUGUGGAAAAGGAAAACAGCUUUGGGACAUUCCCCCCUCCCCAAUCCCUUCUUCAUUUUGUCAGUAAAUCAAAUAUUGGCAUAGGCUAGGAGCUGCAACGGGUCACUUUUCUUGCUUCUCAGGAACUGGACCUACUAUCAACACUAUAUGGGAUAAACUGAUCUCACACACACACACACAGUGAGAGCCUGCUGCUCCCUCUGAAACUUCCACUAUUAGAUCCACCAGAGGCUGACUGCUAUUCUGAGUGAACCAAGGAUCUGAUCCCAGGAGGCUGCACUUCGGGACAUCAAGGCCUUUUUUAAUGAUGCCACUGAAACAAGGAGCUAAAUGCACCAAAUGAAUAACGGAAAUGGUCUGAGAGUCAGUUUGCUCGCCAUACAUUUGAAAUCUUGCAUGUAUUCAUCUGAAAGUAUAUUUUUCAGCCUUUGCUAAAAUAAUAGUUAAAUCAGAGCUACCAUGGACACAGUUAUUAAUUGCUUUGUCUUUCAAUAUAUUUUUGCAAGUCCUAAUUUCUGUUAUCCUUCCAAUAUAUCUAUAAAGCAAAUCAUUAUGACUUCCAUUAUGCAGAUAGAAAAUUAGUUUGACUUAAGCCAGAGCAGAAAAAUCUGAGAAGUUUGAAACAGCUGGAUGAAAUGAAAAAAAAAAUGGGGAGAAAUAGGGAGUUAAGAGACUGCUGUAUGAACAGAUCUUAUUUCGCAGUCACACAAGCUGUGAUACAACUUAAAAAGGCAAGAUGAGGAAGCAAUCAAGGGAGUUGGCAAGCAAUUGGAAAGGAUUCAUUUAGGAAUGUGCUCUCAAUGUUUUUGUUUUAAGGGAAAUAUGACAGAAGCUCUUAUCUCUUUCAUCUCUGCCUAUGUUUCAUCUUCAAAUAUUCCUCAACUGUAUUUCUUUCCAGAGGAGAGAGAAUAGAGAAUCUCCAAGCUCCAAAGUAGCCAGAAGCAUCUGCAUUCUGUCCCUAGAUUCAUGAGAAAUGCUGGCUUUCUUCCUCCACCAUCCUGAGUUUUGGGUUACCUUAAGUUACUGUUUUAUUUUACUGCAUACAUUGGCCAGUAGCUGGGUGCUGCAGUGUUUUCUUUCCUUGCCAGUUGAUGGCUUUUGCCCUUGCUCCAAGAAUUAGGUUUAUCUAAUAAAUAUGGAAACAUCAACAUGAUAUUGCACAUGAGUUUAGUUUAAUCUGAGUUUAGAUCUAAACUAAAUUAGCCUUAGUUUAAUCAUAAUCAUUGUUCUUAAUAACUCAGGAAUCUAUCAUAAUGUUUACAGUAUCUCAUAUAGUUAUUGUAAAACAGGACUUUUACCAUAGAGAAGUUCAAAGACUUCCUACUUAUACCCAUUCUCCUAAGGUAAAGGAAUUGGCUUUGUGCUAUGGGUUGGCUUUGUGUUAUGGGUAGCUGGUGGUUGGAGACUGGAAAAGUGGGCACAGACCUAGAUGCACAAACAACUGAAAGCUAAAUGAAGCAAAUACCAACCAUACCAACUCCAGAAGCUCCAACAGUCAAUAACCAGCCUGCAACUGGUACAACAUUUUCCUCUUGCAGCCUUUGUUUUAAUGGUAGGACCAAGGAAUCCAAAAUUAGUAUUUUAUUACCAACAGAAAAGGGAGUAAAAUGAAAUGAAAAAUAUUUAUUCCUAAUUAAUAGAAAGCUGCUGUUUCUAAUACAGAAUAGAAAGAGGAAACAGUAAUAUAAUUAGUAGAUAUAUCUUGAUUCAAGGGGAAAAAAGAAGGGAUUUAAUAGCAUCAGAAUCUGGAAAGAAACUUAAACAUGAUAAAUGGAUUUAAAUAGAGAGAACAAGGCAUGAAAAAAGAGAAAUAGAAAUGAAAAGAACAGAUGCUAAAAUAACUUUUAGAUAAAUUAGUAGCCUGCAGGAGAGGUGGGUGAGGAAGAUAGAUGAAGCCUGACUGAGCAACUAUGACAUCCAUGAGUAUAUAAAACCAAGAAUUCUUGAUAGACACUGGCUUGUACACUCUGGGCUAAACUGUAAUAUAUGAUUUAUGAUUGAAUCUUCUAUGGCUUAGUAUGAAGUAUGAACUGGGUGGCAUUGGCUUACUCAAAAUCCAGUGGGACGUAUGUACCUUGCAAAUGAGUUAUAGAUCAGAUAAUAAUAGUUUUCAAGAAGUUGGUAUAGUUUCAUCUGCAAACUUUUGUAGCUGAUUGUGGGAUUCUUCUGAUUUUGUUUCAGGGCAGGGAGGAGCUGUUUGUUUCUUUUUAAAAAACUUUAAUUGUUUUGCACCAAUUUUCCUUCUGUUGUGGAUCUUGCAGGUUUUUUUUUCCCCUCCUCUCUUAGCACCAAGUAUUAGUAAAGAAAAACAUUAUGUCAUCAUCACAGGAGAUAAACCCCAAAUGGCCAUUUGAAUUGCAAACACUUUGGCAUAUUCCAAAGAAACUUCAUUCUAGCCCUUCUGAAAUUAAUGGGACUUAUUUCCAUGCGUCUCCAUUUACAAACAUGUGCCCCACAUGCUAAAAACAUCAGCUCCUCUGAGGCAAGCUUACACACUCUGGGAUUCAUCUCCCUACUGAAAUGCUAAAGCAAUGUUUAUACAAGGGAAGUUGUAUAAUCCCUGUUCUAUAUCAUUAUUCUGGUCAGAAGGCUCCCCAGUUAAUAAGCAAAUCUCUCCCUUUGGUCAACGAGGAAUGAGUAGUUUGUACACAAAGUCCCUUAGCAGGGUUUCUCUAAAUAGGCAGGUAGAGCAUCACCCAUCAAACUUUUACUUGUCUAUAUGCAUAUGAAGGGCAGGAGGUUUUUUAAUUAUCAUCUGGGAGACACUGAAUAGGCAACAAUGCCAUUGCUUUAGAUCAACUUUGUUUGAAGACCUGCUAAAAAUUAUUUUUAUUAUAAAAUACUCAAAUAAAAUAAGUCAAAGCAAAAUCAUUCUUAAA